AUCAGAACAGGUUCUAUACCUUAAAACAUCCUUUAGCAUCAUGGCAGGAUUGUUCAGGAUCUGGAUGCUUAAGGUCCUUCUCUUAGGACUGAUAGAUCCAUCUCAGGCCUCCCUGCGUCCUCGCGUGUCGUUCUCUCAGGGAAGUUCAGAGCGUCUCUUGGGCAUGUACCGCAGCUCCACUGUGAAGAACACCAGCUCUCUGCUGCUCAGCACUGAUGCCGACACACUGUUUGUUGGUGCUCAAGAUGCUCUGAUCUCCCUGGAUGUCAGUCAACCUGAUAGUAUUACACUCAAAGACAAGUUGGAAUGGACAGCAUCUCCACAAAAUAUGAAGACAUGUACAGUGGCCUCAAAGACGGAUUGUGGCAACUACAUUAGUAUUCUGCAGUUUUUCAACUCUACACACCUUUAUGUCUGCGGGACAAAUGCAUAUAGACCACAAGCCAUCAUCAUUCCAGCAAGUUCUCUGAACGCCAGCAGAGACACAAAGGACGCCAAAAACUGCUGUCCCUCCAGCUCCACCCAGAGGAACACAGCCACUAUUGUUGAUGAAGAGCUGUAUACAGCAGCCAAAGUGGGCUUUUUUGGGGUAAAAGUAAUUUCUCGCUGUCACAGCAGAGGAACACGCAUCAACUUGGAGCUUGCAAAUGUACCGAAACUGCUACAGGAUCCUGAAUUCAUAAGUUCAGCACAUGUCGCUAGUGAAAGAAAGAUCCUGCUGUUCUUUACUGAGCUUGGGGACUUGACUGGAGACUUACUGCUGAACUCUUUUAUUGUGUCUCGUGUGGCACAGGUCUGCACGGAUGACAAUGGAGGAAGUCUUACCUUACAAAAGCGCUGGGCAUCCUUUGCUAAGGCUCAGCUGGUCUGCCAACAAGGGGAAGAUCUCCAGUUCAACAAGCUGCAGGAUAUUGUCAAGCUUCCCCCAACGGACGAUGAGUCUCCAGACAACACUCUUUUCUAUGGGGUCUUUACUUCACAAUGGGCAGUUUCGUCUGGUCUGUCAGCAGUCUGUGCUUUCAGUCUAACAGAUAUUAAAGCAGCUUUCUCAGGUGAUUACAAGACAUUCGAUUUGAAUGGAAACCACUGGACACGCCAACCAAAUGUAGACGGUAAACUCGGCAAGUGUGGAUUAUUCAGUGACAAUGACCGCAUGUUAAACAUUGUAAAAAAGAGCUUCCUGACUGAAAAAGCUGUACGUCCUGUUGGGAAGAAACUGAUUUUGUCCAGCACAGAAGAGCGGUAUAGCCGUCUAGCUGUUCAGAGAACUCAAGCUGCAAAUGGACACAACUACACCAUCCUUUACCUGCUCACCGAAUCCGGCUUUCUUCAUAAAGUCGUCUUGCUGGUGAAAGGUCCUCAUAUCAUCGAGGAAAUUCAGAUUUUUAAGGCCCCACAGACUGUGAAAAACAUCCUCCUCUCUACAAGCAAGGGUGUGUUGUUCAUUGGCUCUUCUGAUGGCGUCUUCAGUGUGCCGGUCUCAAACUGCUCAGCUUAUCCCACCUGUGCAGAGUGUGUGUUGGCCCGUGACCCUUUCUGUGGAUGGGACUCAGAGACCAGAGCGUGUGCUACUGUGUCCGGACUUGGGUCUAAUCUACGGCAGGACGUGGAAAGUGGAAAUGUCAAUGAACAGUGCACAGAGUUCAAAAAUACUGCUGCUACAGAGACACGGGUUGCACAGUUUAAUGAGGUUGUGGUUCUACCAUGUCAGUCUCGGUCCAGAUUGGCGGAGGUGACUUGGAGGUUUUCAAACAACAGCAUUGUUCCCCAGUGUUCAACACUUUUCCCGUACAUGCAGUGGGCAGAUGGCAGUCUUGUCUUCCCCGUCACUCCAGAGACCGUGAACACCUACCGCUGCGUGUCAGAGGAACUGGGCUUCAAGCAAAUCAUCACCUCCUUCACUGUAACUUUACCUGUCAUGCCUCGUUCUUUCCCUUCUCCAUCACACCAGCAACCUGAGGUCACCCUGGACUCCGGUCAAGGCAUGGAAAUAGAGCCCGUCCCUGAGGACUACACAACGCUUGAGCUUGAUGAAUCAGAACCUACAAAAAUUGAAAAGACGGAUGCAUUUACGACAUCAGACAGGAGCGGUGAGAAAAAAACUAGGUCUAGUCAUCAGUUUACUAUGAACAUGAACACAGCUGUGAAAGACACUGUUUGCAUUGCACAGGAGAGUUACUACACUGAAAUGGUUGCUUUUUGCCUCUUGUUUGUCAUUUGUCUCUUUGUAUUCAUUGCUUUUGUGGUCCUUUGGAGGAACAGCAUGAGGUGCAACAAAACCACCCCUCAGAAACAAUCUAAAGACACUGAAUCAGACAAUAUCUGGCAAACAGAACUGGAAAAAAAAAAUACUGAGCCCUAAAACCAGCAGUAUUUAUACUGGAAGAUUAAACAUACUAAAGAAUGAUUCUUGAACCUUAUUAAGUUAGGAAAAUAACAACUUUUCCACUAUGAAAUAAAUCUGAGUUGAUUGCUGGAAUGUUACCAAUACAUUUUAAUACCAAUGUUUAUAAUAAUUUGAUUUCAUUAAUAGUUUAUGAUUUUAGGUAAUAAUGCUUGUUUUGUUAAAACCAUUGGUUAGUCAACGCUGAAAUACAAAUUAAGAUAUUUGUAGGAUUUUAGGGUAAGACUCUGCAUCAUGAAAACAAUCAUCUCGUUUGCAAAGAAAUACCUAAUAGUACAUAAAUUGAUUACACCUAAUAAAAAAAUAAAAAAGUAUUUUAAAAAAUUUCAAAGGGGUGGAACAGGUGAGAAUCAGGAUUAGGCAUAAAACAUAUUGUCUUGUGAAUCAUUCAUACAUGUGCAAAUUGUCUGAAAAUUGAACAAAUAAUUGUAACGUUACAUGCAUGGCUCAGAGGAAGAUACUUUAAUAAACCUCUAAUUGGGUUUAAUCAAAUUAAUGAAGGACUUCAUAGAAAAGUAUCACUUUAUUGACAAUUGUAUGUAGAAAAAUAUAACCAUUAUGUAAAGAAACAUUUAAAUAAGUUCAAUGAACAUUUACUCUCCUCACUUGAACAAAUGGUGCAACACAAGUGAAACUUCGACACACUGCAUUACACUACACACUACACAGCCCCGCAAGGCAAACUAAACCGUGCACGGGCAAGGAAUCACUUUAAACAGCUAACAUAUCAAUCAUUCUGUAAUUUGUGUUCUGUGAUUAAUUAAUAAUUCUGUUAAUUAAUUUCUGUAAAUCAUUCUACAUCUUUAAUUAUUGCCUUUCACAAGUAUUAUGUAAAUACAUAGGCAUAUAUCUAUUAUUUAUACAGUUCUAUAUAGAGUAAAAAUCCACAGAUCUAUAGAUAAAUCAAUGUACUGCUCCAAAUUAUUUAUUGCUAUGUCUUGCUAAAUGUAUUUAAAUGUUUUGUUCUCAUGUCAGAUGUGUAUGUAUGCAUGCAUGUUUGUAUGUACCAGGAGCACCUUAAAAAAAAGAAGAAAAAAAUUAUUAUUGUGUUUUUGUGCACACCUAGUGAAUAAAUCUAAUUCUGAUUCUGAUUCUGAUAUAUCAUUAGAAAAACAGUCCUAACAUUUCAACAUGUGGAACUGAGAAUAUUUCACCAAUGCAUACCUUUGUUUCUUCAAAGAAUUGUCCACUUGGAUAUUAUUA